AUGUAUGGCAUUGCUCAUCCCUGGAACUUCUUAUGUCAACGAAAAUAUUGGUUCGUUGUAAAGAAGAAGAUUCGUAAGAAACAAGUUAAAGGCGUGAACUUCCACAUAUUCCGAAACUUCAACGAGCCCGAUUGUCAUGCUGUAGAAAACGUAGAUCUGGAAAUCCAUAAAGGAGAGAUCACUGUGUUGUUGGGAGUCAACGGUGCUGGGAAGUCUACUCUUCUGUCCAUUGUUACAGGUGAGCUAAAGGGCGAUACCAUUGCCAGUGGAAAUAAAGACCAUCUAAUGCGAGCCCUUGACUUGAUAGUAUGUGCCUUGAUAGGAGAUGCUGAUGUGUUGGUGUUAGAUGAACCCACUGCUGGCAUGGACUCAAAGAUGAGGCAUAGAGUUUGGGACUUGUUACUGGCACUUCGUAAAUAUAAAACACUGCUUGUGGCCACCACUGUAAUGCGGGAAGCAGAUGCUAUAGGUGAUAGAAUAGCAAUAAUCAACAAAGGAAGUCUGAAGUGUCACGGAUCUCCUGCAUUCUUGAAGAGUGCUAUUGAUCAAAUGGAAGACCUCAUUAAAGGAUUUAGACUGCAUAUGUACCAACUUACUGUGCUUAUGAAAAGAGUUUUUACUUUCGUAUGGUUUCAUAAAUACCAGUUCAUAUUGUUGCAAGUCCUUGUACCUUUUAUAGCGUUCAUAUUAGUAACAUUAUCAUCAAAUACGUAUGGUGUGCGGGCGAAGACCACAAUGCUGACAUCUAAUGACAUUCCCAACGCGACAGUAUUAUACCAUCCAGUUGGAUACAGGCGACUUGACGUUUUCAAUCCUUUAAUAACACAUUACCCGCACGUCAAAUUUGCUUCUUCUAACAACCUACACGAAGAUUUCCAGAAAAUUAAACAGAAAACCAAAUUCGGCUACAAGAUGGCUGGCAAUCGCACGGAUAUUUAUUACACAUCCGAUCCGUUGUAUAAGAAAAACACAGCAUCAACCGCUGUUAAUAUAUUUAGCAACAUGUUUAUGUCCUUGCAUAUGCCAUACGCGAGUAAGGACCAUCAUAUUACGACGUCUAUCGAACCCUUGCAAUUUAAAUCUAGUCAAGGGUUCAAAAACUUAUACCUUUGCUUUGGUUGGGCCAUGUGGGUUGUGUUUCGGUUUGUUUUACCGCUACUUCUUACUACACUACACGAGUUAAGCAAUGCUAACGUCAUUACUAUAGCCAUUUAUGCGGUUCAGUUUUUGGGCUAUUUAAACCCUAUCUUCGGUUUUGCUAAUGGAAUGUAUUACGCGGCUUAUGUAGCAAGAAAUAACGCCUUUUGUAGGGCAAACUUUCAUUUAUGCCCUAACUUCCCCGAUGACUUUAUAUUAACUAAAACUAAGUGUUGUGAUAAUUCUAAUGUUAUUACAACGACGAAUUAUACAGAAUGUAUGGUCUCGUAUAGUCAAUUACAUGUACAAAGCUCCAGCGAAGAGAUGCACUAA